CGGUAAAUGAAGACCGUUAAGUGAAUGCGAAGCCUUUAAGUGCGACAAAAUGACUGAAAGGGGAGACGGUAUCUACAUAAUUGAGAAACAUGAUGUCUCUAGUUCUUACGUAGCGAAACUGCCUGGAUUCUUCAGACGUCAUUGGAAAAAGGCGGCCAUUGCGUCGCCUAUUGUGUACUUUCUAUCCAACCUGGCCUAUAACAGAUACCAAGAAGAACUGCUCGUGAUAGAGGCAUGCAAACGGGCCAAGCAAUUAGGCGAACAGCGUCUGCGGUCGUCAUUUGAGAAGCAGCCUAAGGUGACAGUGUUUGUGAAUCCGUCUGCGAACAAUCAGAAGGCAUUGGCACAGAUCGAGAGGUCACUCCUACCCAUGUUACACCUGGCCGCAAUGGACGUGCGUGUGGUGAAGAUGGAGGAAGAGGGGGAGGGGAAGGAGUUGGUGAGUGUGUGUGAUGACUCACAGGCUAUAGUGGCUGCAGGGGGAGACGGGACUGUCAAUGAAAUCAUCACAGGAAUUCUGUCUAGUGAAGCAAAGAUUCAAAGACUACCGCUUCUCAUCGCUCCCGUCGGCUACAGACACAAUUCACUCUACAAAGUCAUCAAUCACAGAACUUACACUCCAAAGCACACUAUCAAAAACAUCAUCUCAGCCACUGACUCAUUUCUUGCUAAUUCCACCCAACCUGUUAGUCUAAUGCGAGUCAUUCCAAUGCCCAAAGCUGACCAAUUACUUGAUGGGGAAUCCCCGAGGAAGUUUAAAAAUGUGUUCAGUGCAGUAGGGGUGUCUUUUGGACCCUAUCGUGAUGUGCUGGACCAAUCAAGUUUGGAUAAGUUUUGGUAUUUCGGACCACUGAAGAAGCUUUUUGUGACGUCUAAGGCAACAUUUGCGUACAAAGAUAGAAAAAUUGGCCUGAAUAUCAAAUGGACAGAUGUUUGCUCAGGGUGCAAAUUGUGCAAAAAAGAUGAAAUAGAAAAUGCCAAGAGAAAAUUGAGCUCGAAAAAUCGUGGCUUGUUCGGUGCGAGUACAACAAACAAAGAUAUUGCUUUGGAAGCGAAUAAAGUUCUGAAGUUUGAUAAAAUUGUGAAUGAAAAGUGUUCAAUUGUUCGUUCACGUACUUUGAUUGAUGUUGAUCAGAUUGUGUUCAAACCGGGUAAAGAUUGCAUUGAAAUAUCAGUUUCAACGGGGGCUUCAGGACUCGAUUUUUUCACUCAAUCUUUAUUCCGGUUCAGAGACCCCACUGCUGGGUAUACUAUAUUAUCACCCGCGAACAUAACUAGAAUAAAUUGCAAGGAAGUAUGGGUCGAACCUUCUGAGGGUAAAAGAUACCCUAACUGGUUUUCACUGGACAACGAAAACUUUGAAGCAAUUCCAUUUUAUGCUAAGUUUUACAAGGACUCGAUACGUGCUUUCAAGUCUUAAAUUGAAUUGUUAAUUGCAA